AUGCAGGAAAAACCAACCACUGUUGCCGCUUAUGCGGCGGGAGCGUCUCUGGCGGCUGUUGCUUUGUUCUACGUCUUUGGGCCAAAUUAUACCAUUGAUGGAGAUGAUGUAGGGGGGAACCGCAAGAAGAGCAUCGUUGGCCUUUCCAACCCCGCCAAUGACUGCUUCAUCAACUCCGUGCUCCAGGCGCUUGCCGGCCUAGGAGAUCUGCGCUUGUAUUUGAUUCGAGAGCUCCAUCGGCGUGAAUUGGAUGGCCCUGAAAUCUAUAACCAGUUGCCCGAGUCGGAUGAGCAGUUGCGCGAGAAGAGACCGGAUCGUGUCCGGGAGCUGCAGCAGGGUACGAUCACCAGGGCGCUGAAGGAGAUGCUGGAUCGGUUGAAUGAGCGGCCGAUCUACAAGAAGACGAUCUCGGCACGCGGCUUUAUCCAGGCCUUGGAGUUUGCGUACCGCACGCGAAUCAGUCGCAACCAGCAGGACGCGCAGGAGUUCCUGCAAAUUGUGGCUGAAAGGCUGUCUGACGAGUACCAUGCCGGUGUCAAGGCACGCCAGCGGGCGGAAAAGUCGAUCGAAGACAGUCCCGAUCAAGGCAGUGAGGAGGCUCCAUCUGAGAUUGAAGUGCGAGUAGAUGAUGGCUCAGAAAACGGCCUCCCCGCCAUCAUAGACACCAAGCUCAAAGAGAUUGACAACGAGUACGGCUUUCCUUUUGAAGGUAAGAUGGAGUCCCAGAUUGAAUGCCAGUUCUGCCACUACAAAUACAAGCCCAACCAAACGACAUUUGUCAACUUGACUCUACAAGUCCCGCAGAAGAGCUCUACCACGCUCAAUGCAUGCUUCGACGGCCUUCUCAAGACUGAAUACAUUGACGACUUCAAAUGUGAUAAAUGCCGGCUGCUACACGCAAUUGAAGUGAAAUCAAACGGGCUUAUCAAAGCUCGUUCAGCAAUGGACAGGCAGUCCUUAGAAGCUGAAAUAGAGAAGAUCCAGAUCGCUCUUACCAGUGAUCCGGAGUGCGCUCUGGACGGAGUGACGCUACCACCGUCAGAGCUUGCCCCGAAGCGCAAAAUUGCGAGGCAUAUGCGGAUUACGGUCUUCCCGAAAAUCAUCGCCAUCCAUCUCUCACGAUCGAUGUUUGACCGAAGCGGUUCCACGAAAAAUGCCGCGAAGGUCUCUUUUCCUGAACGACUUCCGCUUGGAGGCAUUCUCGACCAAAAGUGGUUCAAAUUGCUAGCCAUCGUCUGCCACAAAGGCAGCCAUAAUAGUGGACAUUACGAAUCAUUCCGGCGAAACCAUCUCUACCCUCCAUAUUCGACACCCAGCGUCUUCAGCUCCUAUGCACAAAGUCGCGCAGCCAGCGAGAAUCCCUCACGUGUGGCAAGCCCGCGUCUUCCUGCCAGUAGCAGCAGCACAGAACCCCCAGUUCUCAACAUAUCGACUCCAGUCUCACCAUCUUCAUCUCUCUCUCCGGACUCGCCACCCAGACCCUCCUCAACAACUGACCUCAAGAAUACUCGCCCGGCCACAUCCAGCUCCCGCGUCUCUUUCCAGAGUACACGCUCGUCCUCUAAACAGAACCUCUCACCUACAUCUGCGCAACGUGGCUCGUCAUCUCUCGAUACGGCUCGCCUUAGCAGCCCUGCUUCGCGAUCAUCCCUUGCUGAGCGAAACGCCUCAGCAACAGACACGGAGGCUAGUGCAAGCGCAACAGUUGCAUCACGGCUGCGGCGUCGCCGCAAACCGGCUGAUCGGUGGUGGCGGAUCUCGGAUGAGAAGAUCAAGGAAUGCAAGACCUCUGACGUGCUGGGCAUGCAGAAGGAAGUGUAUCUCUUGUUCUACGAGAUGGAGAAGACGGCCGCUUGA